AUGCUGGAAUGUCAGGACAGUGGGGCCAAGGUGGCCCCCAUCCAUCAUAAAAUCUCCUUCUCCAUCUUAGACAUCCUGGAUCCCCAGAAAUUUACCAGGAAAAGCAAUCCGGCGGCACAGAGCAGGGGCAGCAUCUCGCAUUCAGGAGAGCAAGAGAAAAGUUUUGGCAGAGUUGAAGUAGAAAAGGAUACCGCGAAUCAAAGGAGCAGCAGGGAUACACUAGAGGCAUAUGAUGCCAACUCCAAGGGAGAGAGCGAGGCGGCGUCCACACUGGAGGGCUCCGCGUGCGAGGGGGAGGAGCCGGCCCCGGGACCGGACCGGAGCCAGCCCGCAGCAGCCCCACCGCGCUUGCACGACUUCCCCGGCUCGCCUGAUCCGGAGGAGAGAGACGAUCCCGGCUCCCCGCGAGCCUCCAAGCGGCGCCGCGCCGAGCCGAGCUGCGCCAAGCCCCGGCGGGCCCGGACGGCCUUUACGUACGAGCAGCUGGUGGCCCUGGAGAACAAGUUCAGGGCCACCCGCUACCUGUCGGUGUGCGAGCGCCUCAACCUGGCGCUGUCGCUCAGCCUGACCGAGACCCAGGUCAAAAUCUGGUUCCAGAACAGACGGACCAAGUGGAAGAAGCAGAACCCCGGGGCGGACGGGGCGGUGCCGCCGGCAGCCAGCGCCGCGGCGCCCCCUUGCGGAGCAGGCGGCGGCAGCCCCAGCCCGCCGGGCCCUAGCGCCCUGGCCUUCCAGACUUUCCCCUCCUACCCCGCCGCCAAUGUCCUCUUCCCAGCGGCUGCUCCCCUGCCCCUGGCCGCGGCGCCGUUCCUCAGCCCGGCCUACCUGGCCCCCUUCUACACCCCGCACCUCUAAAGAGCCCGCCCGACAAGUUCCAGCCUUCCCCAGCCUCCGCGCCCCUGGGCUGGGGGCAGCCCGCGGGGGCUCAGCACGUGGGUGUGUCUUGCUGCCCCUCCGCC